GGAGGGAGGGGGGGGGGCGGGUGCUUGGGUCGGGGUUACCGGAGAAAAAGAAGUUGAAUGGAUCCGAGGGUAGCUUGGAUUCAGCCCGAACAGAAAGGACCCGCGAACGCCUUAUGGAUGCACGUCUGGGAGACCUCUCAGGGAGUACGGACGCUCUCCGCUCAGCACCAGCUCCACAACCAGAACAUCAGCCAGUGCGUGAGUUACGCGGCGUUGGACGUUUUGAAAAAUGUGGCGACCGCGGUGGCAUCGGGCAAGAGCGCCGGCAACGGCAACGUUACCGCCGCUCUGAGCAGCAGCAACGGCGGCGGCGGCGGCCAUCGCGGCGUCGUCACCGCGAUCUCCUCGCUCGGGAUAGCGCUGUCCAACGGGAAUGUACACAACUCUUUCGCCGCGACGCACGCAGCGGCGCCGGCCGAGGGGGGAAGCCUCCCCCGGAAGACGGGAUCCGUGUCCUCGUCCUCCUCGCGGGAGUCCCGGACCGACAGCCCCCCGUCCGGCUGCUCGCUUGAGAGGACUACUGCGGCGGACGCACCGGGGAACGUUAAUAUAAACGCCGGGGGUGCCAAUCCGCAGCCGAACGCGAGGGACUGCGUGGACAAUAAGGUCAACCUUUCCCACCACCAGCAGCACCACCACCACCACCACCAACGUCCCCUGCAGGAGCCCCCCGCGUUCAAUCUCCAGCAGCUCUGGGUGAAAAGCCACCAGGCGCAGCCCCCUUUACCUGCGAGCCACACACACAACCACCACCCGGGCCGCAGGAAAAGCGACAACAAAGCGAGCACUUAUGGGAUGAAUUACUUGCUUUCGAACUGCACUAACGGCAACUGCGCGAGCACCUGGACGCCGUGGAAGACGAGGAAGUACAACCCCGGGGUCGUCGGGCUCCACGAGGAGGUGAUGGACCUCUACAACUUCAUGUCCCCUCGGCCAGAGGAAGCGGCCAUGAGGAAGGAGGUGGUGAACCGGAUAGAGACCAUCAUCAAGGAGCUGUGGCCCACUGCUGAUGUCCAAAUAUUUGGCAGUUUCAGCACAGGGCUGUACCUCCCAACAAGCGACAUCGACCUGGUGGUGUUCGGGAAGUGGGAGCGCCCCCCGCUGCAGGAGCUGGAACAAGCUCUACGCAAGCACAACGUGGCCGAACCCUUCUCCAUUAAAGUGCUGGACAAGGCUACAGUGCCGAUCAUCAAGUUGACGGAACAGGAGACAGAGGGGAAGGUGGACAUCAGCUUCAACUCGGAGACGGGGGUGAAGGCGGCAGCUCUUAUUAAAGAUUAUGUAAAAAUGUAUCCCGUGCUGCCUUACCUGAUCUUUGUGCUGAAGCAGUUUCUGCUGCAGAGGGACCUCAACGAAGUCUUCACCGGGGGAAUCAGCUCGUACAGCCUCAUCCUCAUGGUCAUCAGCUUCCUGCAGCUCCAUCCUCGCAUCGACGCCAGAAACCCCAGUGAGAAUCUGGGCGUGUUGCUGAUUGAGUUCUUUGAGCUGUACGGACGCCAUUUCAACUACCUGAAGACUGGGAUCCGCAUCAAAAGUGGAGGCGCAUACAUUCCCAAAGAGGAGAUCAUGAAGGCCAUGACGAAUGGAUACCGGCCGUCCACGCUCUGCAUAGAGGACCCACUUCUCCCAGGUAACGAUGUGGGGAGGGGCUCCUACGGCGCCCUGCAUGUCAAGCAGGUGUUCGACUACGCCUACACUGUCCUGAGUCAUGCCGUGUCUCCGCUCGCACGGUCCUAUCCCAACAAAGACUCUGAAAGCACCUUGGGGAGGAUAAUCAGGUUGACCCAGGAAGUUAUCGACUACAGGGAAUGGAUCAUUAAGAAGUGGGGGGGCAGGGAUCUGACGCGAUCAGACAACAGAGUCUCUUCUCCCAAGGAGCCGGCGUCGCAGCCCGAGCGCUGCGUGGAGGCGGAGGAGCAGCAGCGGGACUCGGCGUCGCCCCACAGCGCGGACUCGCCCAUGUCCAUCUCCAGCCCCCGGCAGCACUCGCCGGCCUCCUCCGUGUCCUCGCUGUCUGGAUCCGACAACGACUCUGAUUCGGCGCUGCCGUGUCCCGUCCCGCGUCCUCCGGCCAUGCCGCCGUACCCGUCUUUCCCGCACCUGGGCCUGGCUUUGCCGCCGGGCCUCAACUUGGCCCCCUGCAAGCCCGGCAUGGGGGGCCACCACCUUCUCCUGCAUCCCAGCUCACAGGCUCGCGUCUCGCUGCCCGGUGGUCUUGCCAUGCACUCCAUACCUGGCAGACAGGUGUGUAUAGACACCGUGCUCCCUUCCUUCUUCCACAUGCCACCCCCAGCCCAUGCUCAUGCCCCCGCCCCCUCCAGCCCCCAGUCUCCGCCCAGCCCCCACUCCAGCCACACACACAAGAACGCAGCCAAUUUCAACGUGAAGGGCUUCCACAACCCGCCGCUGGUCAACAACCCCGUCCUGGCUAACCGCGGGCACAGUCACACGCAGUAUCACCGCAACACUUGGCGUCGCAGAAAGAGGGACAGCCUCCCGGUUAGCCUCAGCAGGUAGUCUCCCCGACCUCUCGGGCCGGGUCCGUCUGCAGGGAGGAUGGACAGGCAGACCGGCCACAGAGCACCGGAGACCAGCCGUGUUCACUCUGUUGCUGCAGUGACGUGGAACUCCAGCCCCCCCCCCCUCCCGGUCUGCGUCUUGCCCUACUGUCACCUGUCCGCAUGACGUUCGCUCCCACUUUUUUUUAGUUUCAGUGUUAUGUUACUUCAGUAUUUUGGGUCUCCCCGCCU